UACAACUUCCCACAUCACCGUUUCCUUUCCUCCCCACAUUGCUCUGCUUCACUGGAGCUUUCUCCGCCUGUCUCCUCACCCGCGCCGCCCAAUACCACCGCGGCCGCUUCACGCUCCGAAUCGUCCCGUCAAUGGCUUCCAUGAACCGCCUAUUCAGAUCCCCAUCCUCCUCCUUUCCCCUCAUACGAAGCUGUUUUUCCACCACCUCCGCCGCCGCUGCAUCGGAGACAGUGAAACCGCAUAGUUACCUUCAUGCCCGCCACACGACCGCUCAAGAUCAAAAGGCUAAAGGAAUCCAGUGGGUGUUCUUGGGAUGCCCCGGCGUCGGAAAGGGGACCUACGCUAGCCGUCUUUCUACUCUCCUCGGAGUUCCGCACAUCGCCACCGGCGAUCUCGUCCGUGAAGAGCUCAAUUCAUCAGGGCCUCUCUCUCAGAAGCUUGCAGAGAUUGUAAACCAAGGGAAGUUGGUUUCAGAUGAGAUAAUACUGAACUUACUGUCAAAGAGGCUAGAGGCUGGAGAAGCUAGAGGUGAAGCAGGAUUUAUACUUGAUGGAUUCCCUCGAACUGUUAGGCAAGCAGAAAUAUUGAAUGAUGUGACAGACAUAGAGUUGGUUGUCAAUCUCAAGCUUCCAGAAAGUGUAUUGAUUGAGAAAUGUCUUGGGAGGAGGAUAUGCGGUGAGUGCGGGAAGAAUUUCAAUGUGGCUUCAAUUGAUGUCAAGGGUGAAAAUGGGAGCCCCGAUAUAAGCAUGGCCCCACUACUCCCCCCUCCACAAUGUGUUUCAAAGCUAACCACUCGAGCUGAUGAUACCAUAGCUGUUGUCAAGGAGAGGCUUCUUGUAUAUUAUGAGAAGAAAGGACAGUUUUCCCACACCUGGAGACGCGAUCGUUGGUGGCACCAUGUGGUGCUAGUACACUGACGAGACCCACACUUGAAAUUUAAAUUACAGCAUGAAAGGACAGUCCUUUUUUAUCAGAAAACCUCAUCUGCCCCCUCACCACCAAAUGUAGUCAUGAUGUCAUUGUCAUUGUCAGAUUGUCAUGAUGGUCUUUAAUAAGCCUUUUGACAUUUUGCAGAGUCAGCCAGUGGAAGAGUUCUAUCGCAGCCAAGGGAAGCUGCUGGAAUUUGAUUUGCCAGGAGGUAUACCAGAAUCUUGGCCAAAAUUGCUGGAAGUUCUCAACCUCGAUGAACAUGAGGAAAAACUCUCCGCUGCAGCUUAGAUUUCAACACAUUGCUUGUCUUGCAUGGUUGCUGUGUGUUUUCCGGAGUAACAUUUUUGCCUGUUAUUUAUUUAAUGAUUGAGUUGAUAAAGAAAAUAAAAUUAAACAUGAAGUUUCCAAGCCAAAGUAUUGUUUUGGCCAAAAUAGUUGAAUUUCUAUAAUUGCUUUUGUUUUUUCCUCGAAAGAGUUAUGGUGUACCUUAGAUAGCAUCAGUUGGUUAAUUUGUACCAUUUUCACUUUGGUAGGUCUAUAAAAAUAUGUACCAGACUUGACUGCAGUUGACUAAGUUUAUUCUUUUUGUCUAUUGCUUUCAAAGUUACAAUAUACUCCGCAUCAAUAGAACCAAAUGCUGUUUGUUUUAAUAUUAACAUUGUAACGGUGAAAACAUUAUAUUCAAGUUGUAUGUUUGGAUUGGCUUGUAU